GAUGACGGCCACCAUAAUUGCAUUCAGGUGAUUAAGUGUAAUGAUGGACCCUUGUACCAGUGCCCGGGAAGUGAUGCGAUGUGACUUGUGUAAGACCGCUGUGGUACAGAUGCACUGUGAUACAUGCCUUGUCAAUCUGUGUAAGGCCUGUGUGGGAGAACAUGCUUCAGCUGAUCUUUCAAAACCUCAUAAAAUUGUUGAUUUUAAGUAUAGAAAAUCUACUAUAAUCUAUCCUGCUUGCAGAUCUCAUAAUAAAGAACUUUGUGAAAUGUUCUGUAAACAAUGUGACAUUCCUGUCUGCAUCAGUUGUCUUGCAUCUAAUCAUCAUUUAGGUCAUGAAUUAUCCAAAUUCUUGCGAGUUUUGGGUGAAAAGAAGGAUAUGUGUAUAAAAGAAAGAAAUGAAUUAAAUGAUACAAUUUAUCCAAGCUACCUGAAUAUUGCCUCUGAUGUACAAAACAGAAUGAGUCAGCUACAAAAGGAAUAUGGAGAUCUCUCAACAGCCAUAACAAAACAUGGAGAGGACUGGCACAGAGAAAUUGAAAAACUUGUCAAGAAACUUAAAACUGAAGUUGAUGAAAUGAAAAACACGCAGUUACAAAUUCUACAGAAACAUCUGGAUGAAAUUAAUGAAAACAUGUCUGAAAUCAAGAGUGAAAUCGAUUCCAUUGAUAUUGCUAUAGAUUCUAAUGACAUUUCCAAACUAUUCAGUGUUACAUCUGAUAUGAGCAGACUCAAAAAUCUUCCAGAAAAAAUUGUGCCCCCUUUACCAAUACCCCCGGUAUUUACUUCUGGAAAAAUCCAAGGAGAGGAACUUUCUAAUCUCUUUGGAGUUUUAUCAUCAAGUUCUCAUAUAAACAUGGCAACGUAUACAACAUGAAGACAACACAGAAAUUACAAGAAGGUGGAUCCUCUCCUCCAGUCAAACAGCUGCUUAAUGAACCAGAGACUGUCACCACUAUAGGCACUGUGUAUGGGAACCUUUACAAUGUGGCCUGUCUGAGUGAUGAAGAAAUCUGGACAAGCGGACAAGAUAGUAUUAUGAAACUCUACAGCAUUAAUCAGGGAUCACAACUCAAGUCAAUCAAAACCAAGUCAGGGGGCACACCACCUAGCUUAUCAGUGACAAAAAGAGGAAAUCUAGUCUGCACUGAUUACAAAAAAAGAACUGUGAAUAUCGUAAAGAAUGACGAGAUAGAGGAAGUGAUCAGACUGCAGAACUGGGAACCUAAAGGUGUCUGUAGUACCUCCUCUGGUGACCUCCUGGUUAUCAUGCACAGUCAUGAUGACGAACAAACAAAAGUUGUCCGUUAUUCUGGCCCCACAGAGAAACAGACCAUUCAGUUUGAUGAUAAAGGUGAACCUAUCUUUUCUUGUUAUCUUUGCUACAUAACUGAAAACAGGAACCUGGAUAUCUGCGUGUCUGAUAAUGGAGCUAAAGCAGUAGUGGUGUUCAACCCGACCGGGAAACUGAUAUUCAGGUACACUGGACAUACUCCUGCUGCAUCCUUCAAUCCACAAGGAAUCACCACAGACAGUCAAAGUCACAUCCUUACAGCUGAUAUUAGCAAUCACUGGGUCCACAUCAUAGAUCAGAAUGGACAGUUUCUCCGUUACAUAGAAUGUGGACUGAGUUGGCCCUGGGGACUGUGUACAGAUACAAAUGAUAAUUUGUUUGUUGCUCAACGUGGACGAAAACAAGUGCAGAAAAUCAAAUAUCUGCAAUGAUUGCCAUAAUGAAAGACAUAAAAAUAUUUCAAAAUGUUUUCUGUAUAGAUGCAAUGUGUAAGAUAAGACUUUAAAUAAAAAUUAAAUUACUUCAUAAAUACAACACCAAUCGAAACAUUUCUUUGAAGCCAUGCCUUUGUUCUUGUAGUCUAAAAUUUGCCUGUAGGCCAGUAAAUUGUGAUUCUUGAGAAUUAACAUAUUUGUCGUAGAAGUAAUAUUGAAAAUCUCAAAGAAAUAGCUAAACGGAAAGAAGUGAAAAACACUAAGGACUCCCAGGAAUCUGCAGUGCUAGCUUUGACAGAACAACUCUCAGGCCUGCGGAAUAGAAUUUCAAAUUUCGAAAAUGGAACAAAAUACAUCAAAGGUGUUAUCAAAACUUAAAAAGCCUAAUUAUGCAGCUAAGCUUAUUGAGCAAAAUCCAACUGCGGUUGAUAUAUCAGAAAGACUGAAAGCAUUGGAAUCCACCCUUCUGAUGGAUCCGCCAAUUAAGCCGACACCGUAAGGAGGACACAAGCAGGCUUUGCAUUGAUACAGAACUCGCUGUUUCUCGCCGUUAAACAGCUGCGUGUGCAAAUGGCGGAAGUUAAGCAAUAAGUGAGACACGAAACUGAGAAAUAAAUGAAAUGUAUCUCCUUUGCAUUUAUACAAGGACAAGCUUUUACUUCAUGGGAAUAAAUUAUAUUGCGAUUUAAUGAACGGAAAUA